AUGAUAGAGUUCGCGCGGAAGCAUUUUCCCCGCCCUAAGAUCUGCUACGACCUGCUGGACAUUUCGGCGAGUGAAGUGACCGACUUCGUUCUGAAAUACGGCCAGUUCGACCGCGUGUUCUCUUUCUUCUGCUUGCACUGGAUAAACGACCAGAAAACGGCCGUGAAGAACGUCGCCAUGAUGAUGAAACCCGGCGGCGACUGCUUGCUUCUCUUCAACGCUUGCACCCGCGUGACGCUACUACGCAGAAAACUGGCGAGGAUGGAUCAUUGGAAGAAAUACGCGAAGAAAUACGUCUCCGAUUACAGAGCCGCAAAUCUCGAAGCUAAAUCCACUCGGAAAAUAAGAGUGCGAGAGGUCUGUGCCCCGACCGUCGACCUGGUGGGGAAGGGCAAAGAUGCUCUCAUGUCGUACGUGCAAGACCUCCUGAGGUCCGCCGAUCUUACGCCAAUCACUUGCGACGUCUGGCCAUGGCCGUCGGAAAACGACACCCUAGAGAAGACGAUAGAAAAGAAGAUGGGCUACUGCCCCCUUUCAACCCUUGUCACGGAAGAAGAGAGACCCGUUCUCAUCCAGGAUGUCACCGAAUACGUAAAGGAAGCUAUGACCCAAAAAGAAGCGGGAUGCCUGACACCCGAAGGCGAAAUAUGUUUUGUGCACGCGUGCAAACCCUGA